UCUCGGUUCAGAUGGUUCGCAUGCCGAACUCCAUCGCAUCAACAAGUUGAGUCUUGACCAGAGUUUGAUUUCUUGAGUCAAAAGAGUCUUGAAUUUGUUUGUGUCUUUUUAUUGAUUUAUUGCGAAUGCUUUGAAUUCUUUAUCUUUCGAGUGGCAUAAGUUUUGUUCACACACUCAGCGGAAAAUAUCCAAAAUUCUCGAAAUUAGAGUUACCCCACACUUUGGUCAAACCCCACAGACGAUCAUCGAAGAUAGCGCAAUAUGUUGCCACGAAACUUGCUCAUUUGCAUUCUUGAUCUCAUCGCAGCAAGAACGGCUUUCGGAUGGAAUCAUGUCUCAAAAUCACAAUUCCAAUCAUUGACGAGGGAGACAAGCAUAACUUUGGUAGCUUUUGUCAAUCCUGAGACAGAAGCCAGUAAAGCACUGGAAGCAGAAUGGAUUUCAGCAACCUCGCAAACGAACCAACAUCUCCUCAGUAUUGAUUGCAAAGCGGAAGCGGAUCUAUGUGCAGAAUAUGAUGUUGUAUCAUUCCCUGCCAUUCGACUUCUGAAAGGUAGCGAGAGCAGCAUGCGAUAUAAAGGUCCGAGGAAAUCUUCUGAAAUCAUUCCAUUCCUACACCGAGCCGUAGCACCAACCGUCUCGCUCGUAAACCAAAAGAACAUCACGACCUUCACAUCCUCAGACGAGACCGUCUUCAUUGCAUACACCACACCAGAAGACCACCACCUGCAAUCCACUUUCGCAGCUUUGGCAUCAAAGAACCACGACAAAUAUGCCUUCGGCAUUGCUACAGACAAAAACCUAGCCAACUCAGCUGGCAUUACACUUCCCAGUAUUGUGUGCCUCAGACCUGGAGAAGGGGAACAGGAAGUUCUCUCGGGCGAAGCUGGAAUCGACGCCAUUGAGAAGUUCAUCGAGACAGCCACUGCACCAACAAUUGGAGAAUUCACAAGAAGGAAUGAGAUGAAGUACAUGAAGGCCGGAAAGUCCCUCGUCUAUUUCUUCGCCAAAACAGAAGCGGAGAGAGAUGCAUACAAAGCUCCCUUAAAACCAGUAGCGAAGAAAUACAAAGAGUACUUGAGCUUCGUGACCGUUGAUGCGGUGGAGUAUGGACAUAUGCUACCUGCAUUGGGUCAUGCGAAAGGAUCGUCGCCUGUUGUAUCGGUGUUUAAUCCAAUGUAUGGCCAGGUAUUUCCGUUUGCGAAAGGAAAGAAGAUUACUGCUGAAAGCGUGGAGGGGUUUGUGAUGGAUAUUGUGCAGGGGAAAGUGCAGCCUAGUGUUCCUGGACAGGAAAGAGUAGGGAUCGUUCAUGAUGAGAUGUGAGUUAGUAAUUAAU